AUGCGGGUGACGCAGCAAUCAGAGGAGGUUGCGUUGUUUUGGAACACUUCGAUACUUCUGCGAGCUGGCCAAUACAGAAUUUGCUGGUGUCCUGAUUAUUCCGGCUGCAUAACAGAAGCAGAUUUCGCGACUGAUGUGGGUCGUCUUGAGCUCGUGGGAAUCUCCCCGUACCCGCAGCACAGGACAUGCGUGACUGGCCAGACGUGCGAGUUUGAUGGGAUGACUGGGUUGUAUCUUACCGAGCAGGAUUUGUACCUGGUGGCGGAUACCUGUGGUACAACAUCGGGAGUUCCACGGUUUUUGGGAAGCAGCAGCUUCUCGACUGCGGUCACGAACGAUGGAGCACAAGUUUCAUUCGGAUCGGUCCCUGUGACUGCCGCUGGGGGUCACUUCAUGCUCUGUUGGUGCUCUGGCACUCUCGGAAACAGCACGCUGGGAAAUGGCUGCAGUACCUUUGCAGAUUUUCAGGUUACCGCAGGCACACUUAGCUUGUUGGGACCGGCUCCUCUCCUACAAGACAAGACUUGCAUCAGUGGCCACACAUGUUCUUUUGAAAUCACCAGUCACCUGCCGCAUGAAGGAAAUUCAUUCCUGGUUCUUGACACAUGUGGCGUGCACAGUUUGCCGCCUCGCCUCCCUGUGGCACCACCCUACCAGACCACAAUGAACCUGUCAUCAAGACAAAUCUCAAUGGCGGGUGGCCAGUAUCGCCUGUGCUGGUGUGCUGGCAAAGUUGGAGCAGGCAACCUGCCAAAUAUGAGCAGCGAAGCCAGUACAUCCAGCAACGAAACAGUGUACAGCACAUGCUCUUUCAUGGAUGAAUUCAACGUUGACUUCGGUGGCCUGUUCGUGAUGGGGCUGGCUCCACUACAGCAGUCAAAAAGCUGCGUGAGUGGUUAUUCCUGCGUAGUUGAAGGAAUCACCGGUUACGGCCUCAGCGCGGCUGAUGGCUACAUGAUUCUGGACACCUGUGGCGUCCACUCCGGGCCGCUUCAGACUUUGCUGCCAUUCGAAAGUCAGGGAAAUGUCAGCGACGGGUGGUCGGUCACUCGGCGUUGGGUGUCCGAAACACAAGUCUCCGGUGGAUUUUAUCGACUGUGUUGGUGUGCUGAUCAUCCUGGCAACCAAACAUCUUGGUGCCAGCAUGCAGAGUACAACACAGUCGAUUUUGGCGUUAUGACUUUCAUAGGUCCUGAGCUCUCUUCCGUGGGAUGGACAUGCGUCUCUGGACAGACAUGCGUUGUGGAUGCUAUUGCUGGCAACGGCUUGUCCUUGCUCGAUGCUGUGAUGAUCCUUGAGACCUGCGGAACAGCGCUCUCCGGUGUUGGCCUGGUGUGGCCAGCGACACCGCUUGAAGUGCUCACUCCGCUGAACGAUCAGGGCCAAGCAUCCUGGCAUGAUCCCCUGUCUGCUCCAGGAGGUGACUUCCGCCUGGGUCUUUGCUGGUGUGCGGGCAUUGAGCAGCAAUCCUCAGGGGCGCUGAACGGCAGCUGUAUCGCUUUCAACGAGACAGUUCCUGCGGAUCGCUUUGUUCUGGAUGUUGGGCGUAUCAACAUACUUGGCGUUGCGCCUCUCCGUCAACAUCACACUUGUGUUGCGGGGCUCUCUUGCCACAUUGACGGCAUCACCGGCAAUGGUUUGAGGGAUGACGACAAGGUGCUUGUGCUCCAUACAUGCGGCCACAUUGCGCCUGUUGUGGGAUUCCCUGAACAUGGUGCUAUGCGAAACAUAUCCACAUCUGGAGCAUCUGUCUUCUGGACAGAUCCAGUUUUAGCUUGGGGAGGACAAUAUCGCCUGUGCUGGUGUUCCUCCGAGCAGCACUGCAGCAGCGGCGAGCAGUUCCGCACUGAUUUUGGCAGCUUCACACUCAUCGGUCCUAGCCCCGCUGAUCAAGACAGGACGUGCAUUGCUGGUCUCAGCUGUGCUGUUGGAUCACUCACUGGGCAAGAUCUGUCUGCCCUGAACCAGUACGUCGUCUUGGACACCUGUGGAGUUGCGAGUCCAGUUGCUGGCAUGCCGACGGGUCUGGAGACUAUUGGUGCCCACGCUGUGGCUGCCAUCUCUGUCACUGCAGUGGCUGGCCAGUACAGGCUUUGCUGGUGCAGCGGCACAUUAGACCCUCUACAAACCAAUAGUUCCUACUCCAGCCUUGCCAACUCGACACCUUCUAAUGGCACAGCGGUUUCAUACUGUCGAACUGCUGAAGAGUUUCUCGUAGACGUCGGCUCGCUGCUGUUGAUUGGAGCUUCCACCCUGGUGAGUGACUUUACCUGCAUCGCUGGAAGAGAUUGCAAAUUGGACGACAUUGUUGGCAUCAGCCUGAGCGAUGGAGACUCCAUUAUGGUGCUGGAUACUUGCGGUGAGCAUGCUGCUGCACUUCAACCUCGAGCGCGGGCCAAUGGCACACAGGCGGCAUGGCAGACCAUCACCAUCCCGGGUGGAGUGUAUCGGCUGUGUUGGUGCAGUGCAGCCAAGCAGUGCAAUUUGGCUGGCGAGUUUGAUUUGGACAUUGGCAGGCUGUACGUUCUGGGUCCGCGCCCUUUAGCGCAGGACCGAACGUGUGUGAGUGGGAUGGAGUGUGCUGUGCACGGCAUUGACACUUAUGGUGAGCUGCAGGCAGGCAGCAUAGCAAUUUUGAGCACAUGCGGAUCGCUCUACGGCAGAAACUUGUGGGCUCGCUUGCCAUUGAGUAAUGCUACUUCCCUUGAAGAGCCUGGUGGAAGCAGUCGUUUCUCCACAAAUCUCGUUACAGACGCUGUCAUGACUUCGGCAGGGGGAAAUUACAAGCUCUGUUGGUGCGGCACAUGGGUUGGUGGCUGUGAGACGCAAGAAGACUUCAAUGUCGAUUUCGGGAAUUUCCACUUGAUUGGAGUAUUUCCCCUACAGCAGGACCGCACCUGCUUCGCUGGCGCUGCAUGCCCUCUGACAGACAUCGUCGGACACUGGAUAACCCAGCAGUCGGAAGUUUUGGUGAUGGACACCUGUGGCUCCGGAGCAGAGACUGCCACAUCUGCUGCAGGGACUUACAAGCUUUGCUGGUGCAGCGGCCUCUCAGCCUGCAGCUCUGCAUCAGACUUCACCGUGGAGGCAGGCAACCUCUGGGUCAUGGGACUAGCACCAUUGGAUCAAGACCAUACCUGCGUCAGCGGUCAGAGCUGUGUGGUUGACCACCUCAGUGGUCUAGGCUUGUCAAAGGAGCAGAUCAUGGUUCUCGAGACCU